CGGAAGUCCCGCGGUCUGGCGUCUGUGCAGUCGUCCUCUGCCGACACGGAGGAACCUUGUUGCCGGCCUCAACUGGGUCCCGGCUCGGCUCUCGGUGCGCUCCUUACCGGACGCCGGUGCGAGGAGCUGGGGCUGUGGCCGCGAGGGCAGAACGCUGAUUCAGAGCCAUGAACGGGACGGCGAACCCGCUGCUGGACCGAGAGGAACAUUGUCUGCGCCUCGGUGAGAGCUUCGAGAAGCGGCCGCGGGCCUCCUUCCACACCAUUCGCUAUGAUUUUAAACCCGCAUCUAUAGAUACUUCCUGUGAAGGAGAGCUUCAGGUUGGCAAAGGAGAUGAAGUCACAAUUACCCUGCCACAUAUCCCUGGAUCCACACCACCGAUGACCGUGUUCAAGGGGAACAAACGGCCUUAUCAGAAGGAUUGUGUGCUUAUUAUUAACCAUGACACUGGGGAGUAUGUCCUGGAAAAACUCAGUAGCAGCAUUCAGGUCAAGAAAACAAGAGCCGAGGGGAGCAGUAAGAUCCAGGCCCGAAUGGAACAGCAGCCCACUCGUCCCCCACAGCCGUCACAGCCACCACCACCUCCACCUCCACCUCCACCACCCAUGCCAUUCAGAGCUCCAACAAAGCCUCCAGUUGGACCCAAGACAUCUCCCCUGAAGGAUAACCCCUCGCCCGAACCUCAGCUGGAUGACAUCAAAAGAGAACUGAGGGCUGAAGUGGACAUUAUUGAGCAGAUGAGCAGCAGCAGUGGGAGCAGCUCCUCGGACUCUGAGAGCUCCUCAGGAAGUGAUGAUGACAGCUCCAGCAGCGGUGGGGAGGACAACAGCCCGGCCUCUCCUCCACAGCCAUCCCAUCAGCAGCCCUACAACAGCAGGCCUGCUGUGGCCAACGGGACCAGCCGGCCCCAGGGAAGCAACCAGCUCAUGAACACGCUCCGAAAUGACUUGCAGCUGAGUGAGUCUGGCAGUGACAGUGAUGAUUAGCGAUCAUCUUUCGAAAUCUGCUUCCUGGGGUAGAAGUAUGCUACGAGACCAGGCUACUUUGGCGUGGAGUCCAUUGCCACAAGGAAAAUGGUGGUGAAUCAGUGCCUAUAAGGAAUCUGAGGCUUUGGAACUCUCUGAUACUCACGUCUUUAACUUAGUCGUGAUGGGUGAUUUUCUUACAUAAUUUUUGAAUAAUGUAUUGCAAAGUUUAUCUGUAGAAGAACUAACAGAAUUAUAUUUCUAUUUGGUUAACAUUUUUAAUGAAAAAAAGACAAGUGUGCCCUGGUCUAGGUUACUCAAAGGCCAUGUCUUUACCAGGUCAGCAGUUUGGUUUAAGUCUCAGUGACCUCCAUUUUGGCCAAAUGCUCUGCUCCAGUGAGGUGAAACAGUCUUUGAGGGAUAAAGAGGAAGAGGGAGACCUCAAACUGCGUCAUAGUAACAGGUUACAGCCACUUUAAAUUGUUGACAUAAAGUGGUAAAGAAGUUUGUCUGACCCGGCUUGACAGACCUGGGUAGAAAGGGACUCAGUGGAGUUACUGAGUGUCAGCUGGGCUGGACACGGAAGGUACUCUGGCUCAGCGCCCUUAUUUACAGGAAAGGGAAGCUCAUGGUCUGUGACAGUCUUCUGCUCCAAGUCCAUGUCCCCUCGAACUUCUCUCUUACUAGAAUCAGAGAUUUUUAUACAUGGAGCUUAUAGUGUACAUUAGCAUUUUUACUGGAUUCUAAAGGACAAAGCACUAGGUACUCCAGCUGGAAUUCAGAUCCCAGUCCUCCCUAAGUGCUUUAGGCGAGCGAGUGAGCACAUUCAGCCAGCUGCCACUACAUGAGGCAUGUGGCUCAGUUACAUUGAGCCUUUUAGUUUCUGUGGAUGCAUCCCAGGUGCUCUUCAUCUAGUGAGUUUUAGCAGGAUGAGGACAGGGAGGAGUGGAAAAAGUGAGCCAGCAGCAGAUUUCCAGAAACCAAAACGGAGAUAGGAGUUCUGCAAUACGGAAUGAGCGCAUCUUCGAUGAGAUCUUUGGCUUAUGAUUUUGUACCACUGUGCCUGACUCCUAGACUAGUUUGUAUUUUUAUAUAAAACUAGAAGAAAGUCACAAGAUUGCCUUCUACAUGUGCAGUUUCUAGAGGAAUCUGAUGCUGUUGGAAACCACUAGUAAAUGUUCCAUGUUGAAGGACUGUUGGUGAAUUGUCCAUGAUUAGCAUGGAACAGUAUUUCUGUAGUUUGAAUGAGUGUAUCCAAGAGUUGGCUAUCUACUUCAGUUCUGUGGGCCUCGAGACAUUAACAAUGGUUUUCCCGUCUCAGUCCUCCACUCAGAUGGCCUCUCCCUAGCUAGUGGAGGAAAACAGUCUGGACCUACAAAGGAAACGGAUGGUCCAUGAUGGGGGCUUUGGUAAGAGUCCUGUCGCCCGCAUAGUGAUUCCAGUGGGCUGAGAUGGGAGGAGGAGCCACCACUUUGCAGCAUGGCUGCAGCCCUGCCCAACGUGGGUGGGAGGCGCGCGCCAGUACUUGUGGUGGG